UAGGAGGAAUAUGUUAGACCUGUAGAGUGUCUCUCUCUGUCUUUCUAUUGUAGGUUAAUUUUGAAUUUUCAGUCCUCAAACUCGUCUUCUAGCUACAAUACAAGAAUCUUCUGAGAAGUUGCGAAAAUGAAACCCAGGAAGAGACAAAUCAAACGGAAAGGAGAAAUCUUUGAGUGGAAAUCGAAAAAGAGGAGAAAUUUUUUGAAGUUAAAAUGUGGAGUCAUCAAGAGCUUAUUGACUGAGAAAACAAGUUUCAGACAGAGAAAGAAGAUAGACGAGUACCGUUGAAUUUGAAGUCAUUAGUGAUGGAGGAGAUUAGAGAAAGGAAACAAAAUGAAAGAGAAGAAUUCGAAGUGUCAGACGGGAAACCACAAGAAGAGGAGAUUUUGAGGAAAAUUCCACCAUGGAGGAGCCAACUUACAGUCAGAGGAUUGGUUGCAAGUUUCUUAAUUGGAAUAAUAUACAGUAUUAUAGUACAAAAGAUCAGCCUCACAACAGGACUUACUCCAACUCUUAAUGUUUCCGCUGCUCUUCUUUCAUACAUUUUCAUCAAGGGCUGGACUAAAUUGCUUGGCAAAUUUGGUUUUGAUUCUGCUCCAUUUACUAAACAAGAGAAUACAGUAAUUCAAACUUGUGCUGUUGCUUGUUACAGUGUUUCUAUUGCAGGUGGAUUUGGGUCUUUUCUAUUGGGAUUGAAUAGGAAAACAUAUGACCUAGCAGGGCCUGCUACUCCAGGAAACACUCCAGGGAGUUAUAAGGAACCAGGAAUUGGAUGGAUGACUGGUUUUCUUUUUGUUACUGGAUUCGUUGGUCUCUUUUCAUUAAUUCCUCUUAGAAAGAUCAUGAUAAUAGACUACAAGUUAGCUUAUCCGAGUGGCAUUGCAACUGCAGUUCUCAUUAACGGGUUCCAUACACCUAAAGCAGAUAAGAUGGCCAAGGAGCAAGUUCGAGGUUUCGCGAAAUUCUUUUCUUUUAGUUUCCUGUGGGGUUUCUUCCAAUGGUUCUAUACUGGUGGCGACCAAUGUGGAUUUGCGCAGUUUCCUACUUUUGGGUUGCAAGCUUGGAACCAGUCCUUUUUCUUCGAUUUCAGCAUGACUUAUAUUGGAGCAGGGAUGAUUUGUUCACAUCUUGUGAAUUUGUCUACUCUUUUUGGAGCUGUUCUCUCAUGGGGUGUAAUGUGGCCAUUGAUACGUGGUCAAAAAGGAGAAUGGUAUCCGGCAACUAUUAAAGAAGGCAGCAUGAAGAGUUUGACUGGUUACAAGGUUUUUAUCUCCAUUGCUCUCAUUCUUGGAGAUGGGCUUUACAAUUUUCUCAAAGUAAUGUAUCUUUCCAGUAGAAGUAUUAAAGGCACAAUCAAAGUGUCCAACGAAGUUGCAGAUGGAUCAAUUCAAUCUCUUGAAGAUCGUCAGAGAAAUGAGCUCUUCGUGAGGGAAAGUAUUCCUAUUUGGGUUGCUUGUGUUGGGUACGUCCUCUUCUCCAUUGUUUCCAUCAUUGCGAUCCCAUUUAUGUUUCCUCAGCUGAAAUGGUACUACGUGGUGGUCGCCUACGUCCUUGCUCCAUUCUUGGGAUUUUCAAAUGCAUAUGGUGCCGGUCUCACUGACAUGAACAUGGCAUAUAACUAUGGGAAAGUGGCUUUAUUUGCGUUAGCAGCAAUAGGUGGGAAAGACAGCGGUGUAAUUGCAGGGCUUAUAGGUUGUGGUCUGGUUAAACAAAUUGUUUAUAUCUCCUCUGAUCUUAUGCACGAUUUUAAAGCUGGUCACCUCACGCUUACUUCCCCCCGUUCCAUGGUUGUAAGCCAGGCUGUCGGAACAGCAAUGGGUUGUGUCAUAGCUCCUCUAUCAUUCUUUCUUUUCUAUAAAGCCUUUGAUAUUGGGGACCCUGAUGGAGAAUAUAAAGCUCCAUAUGCUUUAAUUUAUCGUAAUAUGGCAAUUCUCGGGGUAGAAGGUUUCUCUGCCUUGCCAAACCACUGUUUGCAGCUCUGUUACGGGUUCUUUGCAUUCGCCUUUCUAGCUAAUUUGGUCAGAGAUCUUUCCCCAUCGAAGGUUGGCAAGUGGGUUCCACUGCCUAUGGCUAUGGCAGUCCCGUUUCUUGUUGGUGCAAGUUUUGCGAUAGACAUGUCUAUUGGGAGCCUUAUUGUAUUUCUGUGGCACAAGAUUGACAGCAAGAAAGCCCCUUUAAUGAUUUAUGCGGUUGCUUCUGGUUUGAUGUGCGGAGAAGGGCUAUGGGUUCUGCCUGCAUCAAUUCUUGGUUUGGCUAAGGUAAAGCCUCCCAUAUGCAUGAAAUUUGUGCCCUCCAAAUGAGGACAUGUGAGGUAGGUGCUAUAAUUCCUGUAUACCUUAUGAGGUUCUUUGAAUACAAGUAAAGAGUAAAAUUAUGCAAUUAUUGUCUAGUCCAGCUACUCUGCCGGACACAUUAAUGUAACUAUACCACUGCUUAUAGUUUAAUUAGUAAAAAGUAGUCCUCUGAUUAACUUAUCUGUCAAUAAUUGUAACCAACACGAAUUUAGGAUCAGAAAUCAGAUGGUAUACAAAUACUCAGAUUGAUCU